CAUACCCAUCUCACCCUUCAUCCCCAUGUGUCACAAAAAACCAUCCUCAUCCGUUCGGUACGUUUAUCUUAACUCAUACUCAUCAUGCAUAUCGCAUACACACACAUCCAUACAUACAUCUAUCCCACUCUUUCUUCCUUCCUAUGCCAACUUUUCCCGGUUUCAUCGUAUCAUCUCGCCGCUACUUUUUCCACAUAUCACGAAAAUGAAAGCAAGGAAAAGCACAAGCUAAAGUAAGAAAAGGCUCACAUCAGAAAAAGAAAGUGUGUACUAAAAUGCACGAGACAUAGAAAAUUGAACACAAAGUCUCUCCAUCGAUAAUGGAUAGCACAGAUUCAUCAUCAGGGUCUCAGCACCCUAAGCUCCCUCCAGGGUUUCGGUUCCACCCCACCGAUGAAGAACUCGUCGUUCACUACCUCAAGAGAAAAGCUGCGUCGGCACCCCUUCCUGUAUCCAUCAUCGCCGAUGUUGAUCUCUACAAGUUCGACCCUUGGGAGCUCCCAAGUAAAGCAACGUUUGGGGAGCAAGAGUGGUACUUUUUCAGCCCAAGGGAUCGGAAAUACCCAAAUGGGGCUAGGCCCAAUAGAGCUGCUACUUCUGGGUAUUGGAAGGCCACUGGAACUGACAAGCCUAUACUGACAUCUGAUGGGCACCAGAAAGUUGGAGUUAAAAAAGCACUUGUUUUUUACGGUGGAAAGCCUCCAAAAGGGGUUAAAACCAAUUGGAUUAUGCAUGAGUAUAGGCUCACUAAUGAUUCCUUUAAUUCAAGCUCAAAACCUCCUCCUCUGGCUCAUGAUUCUCCAAACAAGAAAAAUUCACUGAGGUUGGACGAUUGGGUUUUGUGCCGAAUAUACAAGAAAAGCAACAGCAACACCCUGCCAAGGCCACUCCUGAUGGAGCAUGAUGAGGAGCUUUCAAUGGAGAACAUGCUACCAACGAUGUCAACUUUGUCAAUGGCUAACCAUAAUACCAACAUGCAAAAUUCUAAACCUCCGUCUUCGAGGAGCACAACGCUAGGACUAGAAAAUGAUGACAACUUUUUCGAUGGAAUCUUAGCCGUUGAUCACAGCAUGCAAAAUGGUUCUGACUCUCACUCAUUCUCUCCAAACUCAAAGGGUAAUGAUAACACUACCAACUUCCCUAUGAAACGUGCCAUGUCGACAUCACAGCAGCUUUGGAACAACGAGACAGGGUCUCCCGGGUCAUCUUCUUCAUGCAAGCGAUUUCAUGGUGAUCUCAAUAGUGCUGAAGACAACGAUUCCUUCGUUUCCCUGCUCAACCAGUUUCCUCACAACGCAGCGUUUCAUGGCUCCGUUGGAGAUGGUGCUCUGAGGCAACAAUUUCAGCUUCAUGGAAUGAAUUGGAACUGAUUAAUAUUAAUAGUACGUGUGAUUUAGGCUUUAGCUUAAUUAGUUUACACACACAUCAUGAAAAUGUAACUACCAUUAUAGACGUUGAUGCUUGUCUUAUUGUUUUUCACUUCCCACUGUAAUCAUAACAUACACAAUAUAGGAAGAGAUCGAGACUGUUAUAUGUUGA